GCCUUUUUUCAGCACAACACCGUCAUCAAAACAACGGUUGUCGGAGUCUCCCAGCUACACAUUCCCUGUUUCUCWGCCAGCUAGCGGGCAGAAAGCUACUUCUGGAGGAGGAACCUUUUCAUUUUGCACUGUAGACCAUAAUAACCCGACAAGGUAUAGUCCCUGUUGCGUUACUCAUCUGAUGGAGCGGCGGUUGUCAGUUUUUGUGGAGCGGCACCAUGUUUCCCUGUCACGUGACGCCCUGGCCCUCUGCUGAGCACCCAGCGUCUUGCAGCAGCCAUGCACCGUCMGUGCAACCCUCACAACCUCUGCCAGAUUUGCUGUGCAGCUGUCCCGCUCCACCUUUAARCACUCACGCUGAGACGCCGUCCCCGGACCCCAUGGAGUCUCUCAUCGUGGUCACAGAGUACGAACCCAGCAGACCGCCUGGGCAGGUCGGGGAGGAGGAGGUGGAGGAAAUGGACAGCUCUGAGACACCCGAGCCAGCCUCCUCCACAGCAGCACCUUUCCGGCCCUCAUCCUGUGACCUGCUGUCCCACACAGUUGGUCGGCCAGAGGCUCUGCUGCCUGAAGGCCAGGAGCAGAGGGGCAGAUUGAGCCUGUCCGACCGGAAACUCUCUCUGCAGGAGCGCUCACAGACCACACCGUCUCCCGGCAGCUCCCCUGGACACAACGGGCGCUAUAUUUACCCGUCGUUACCUUAUUCUCCCAUCACAUCGCCACACUCCUCGCCACGUCUGCCUCGUCGGCCCACUGUGGAGUCGCACAGCGUCUCCAUUACCGAUCUGCAGGACUGUGUUCAACUCAACCAGUACAAACUGAAGGAUGAGAUUGGAAAGGGCUCUUAUGGUGUUGUCAAGCUGGCUUACAAUGAGGAUGACAACACAUACUAUUACAUUACCAGAGGAUCAUCCACCGGGACGUCAAACCCUCCAACCUGUUGGUAGCAGAGGACGGACACAUCAAAAUCGCAGACUUUGGAGUCAGUAACCAGUUUGAGGGCGCUGACGCUCUGCUGACCAGCACAGUGGGAACGCCUGCUUUCCUCGCACCUGAAACACUUUCUGAGACCAGGAAGAAUUUCUCUGGAAAGGCUCUGGAUGUGUGGGCCAUGGGAGUGACUCUUCAUUGCUUCGUUUUUGGCGUGUGUCCAUUCAUGGAUGAACGUAUUCUCAAUCUUCAUCAAAAAAUUAAAACUCAACCUGUGGUGAUACCUGAACAUACAGAUGUAUCAGAUGAUCUCAAAGAUUUGUUGCUGAAAAUGUUGGACAAGAAUCCAGAGACAAGACUAUCAGUGCCACAGAUGAAGGCUCACCCAUGGGUGACGAAGCAAGGUGCUGAGCCUCUUCCUCCUGAGGAUGACAACUGUUCCAAGCUUAUCGAAGUGACUGAAGAAGAAGUGGAGAAUUCUGUCAAACAUAUCCCAAGUUUAGCUACAGUGAUUCUGGUAAGAACUAUGUUGAGAAAGCGCUCUUUUGGGAAUCCUUUUGAUUGGGGUCGGAAAGAAGACCGCAGCAGUUUGUGUGCUCCAGGGCAAGCCCUCACAAAACAGGAGAGCGGUGAUGGUGUGAGGAGCAUGGACCUGCCCUAUGUAGGAGAGGACGAGGCUCUUUCCUGAUACAGACGCUUUAAUAUGCACACUGAAAUCUUCCUACCUGUAACUGCACAGCACAACACCCCUUUACUCACUUUUACUCACUUUAAAACGGUCAGCCUACAACUACCGGCAGAAUCUCCGAGGAUGGACGUAAAGAACGUAAUCUGAGGCACUUUGGCAACAUUUUUCUUAACUUCAAACCUCUUUUCGUCUUCUUGUACAACUCAGUUUGGGGCUGUGGGGUUUGUGACUGUCACACGUGAACCCUGGAAAUACUACCAGAUUUUUUCUCCUUCUUCCUGUCCUGCAUGCAUUUAUAGUCCAAGCAUGCCUCGUCUCAGGCUUCAACUGUACAGCUUCAGGUUUAAACCUGGUUUAGCCUCUUGUUUUACUCCUCGUUUUGUACUUAACGAGACCUUCAGGUGCACACAGGGCGCAGACACAAGAGGUGCUGAAGGUUCGAGGGACGUUUGUUUUUAUGUUUCUCUCUGCUUGRCGAUGAUCUGAUUCUGUUUGCAUGACGGUAGCAGGGCCCUGUUUCGACGACAAGUCAGAGAAAAGAGUCUGUAUAGUUUACUGGAAAUGAAAAAGGGAAGUGAAAACAUGUUUACUUCAGUCAAAAUGCAUGCAUCUAUUUUCUUAGUGCAAAUAUUUUAAAAGCUGUUUAGAUUCUCACAUUUGUUGUUUGGCACAUUUCCCCCACACAUUUCUCAUGUACUGCAAUUAAUAUAAAGCUUUAAAAUAUAAAAUUAAUUCAUAUAGUGCUUUAUAAACAAUCAUAUUUAUUAUUAAUGCAUAUGAUGGCUUUUGGAAAACUAGUGUUUUUUUUAGUAGUUUUGUUUCAGUGAACAAUUUUUUUUAGCUGUUUACUCUCAGUUUGAAAUUCACUAAGCUGCAGUAAAAUAAAUAUUAAAACAUACUUGACCUGAGAAAAACAAAAUGUGUGCAAAAAAUAAAAAAAUCUGUAACCUCAUUUUUUUAUGUCCAACAUCAGUUUUGUUAAUCAGUAGGGACGUAACGGUUCGUGUCUUUGCACCACGAUGGUUCGGUACAAACUUKUGGGAUGGACUCAAAAAAAAAAAUCAUGCAUCAGAGGUGGUCACUCCUGUGUCAAAACAUCCACACUUGCUGACAGAAAAUAUUCUACCUUACAAGCUUCCUUUUCUCACACUAACGUUAACUUAAUAACUUAUUUUGGUCAGAUUUACUAAACAUUAAACAUUCCUUUGUUCUGUUUAGUUUUUUUGUAAUUUUGCCAAAGUCUCUUAACCCAAGACAMCAAACCUUUCUGGAGUUUAGCAAACCUUUUGUUUGACACAUCGACACUGUUUACUGUUCAAACUUAGAGGAAAAGAAAAACUUUUAUUUUAUAGUGACGUCACCAGUUGAUAAAUUGUACCUUGCUUUACACGACCUGCUGUUUUUAGACCCUCCCCAAUAGCAAGAGUGCUUUCUUAUUCUGUCUUUCUGGGAGAAUAAUUGUCUGUUUAAAUUAAAAGUUUUGUUUCUYUUUUCUUGGACUUAGUUAUGACCCUUCUAAGUACACACCAGACUGUGACUUGGGCGUACCGUUCCACCCCCAUUAAUCAAACCAGAUAUCGUUAUACUGAAGGACAGAUUUUAAGCUGUGUAACGUUUUCCAUUCACUUUAAAAAGUCACCUUUUUUUAAGACCAAAAACAGAGCCUGAAGACAACAGAACCUCAAGUUAAAGUUGUGAAUAGUUUUAUUCGUUCAAGUCUGAUGACAUUUCUAUUAGCUGGCUGCUGACAGAAAGUUCAGAUGGAAGCGUAGUGCCAAUGCAGACUUUUCCACAAAUCUAUGCAGGACAUUUCCACGUUGGGGUGUAGAACUUUAAAGAAUGUUAACAUCUUUGGUCAGACGGUGACUCGGCAAAUGUUUUCACUUUUAAUUGUUUUUAUUCACCAAUGUGUUUGUUGUAGGUAAAGCAGCAUUUUUACCCACUUUUCUUCYUUUUUUCACUUGUUUUAUUGCAUUUUUCUUGACUGAAUGUGUCUCUUGGAUAAACGUUCUUGUUACAGAAUAAUUACACAACAGCUGAUGCUUCCACAYACUUGUUAGUUCAGCACUUCAGUGUUGAAUGUAUAAAAAAGGGACUUGACUUUUUUGUACUCAUUUCUGUAUUUGCGUGUCCAUCUGAUCCGUACCUGCUGUAUGUCUGCUGUAAAAAACUCGUACUAUGCACAUGAUGUGUCUUUAUGGUGCAACGGUGUUGGAUUGUAUAGUAAGCACACCCAGCAGUUACAGAGUGCUGGACGUGCUCUCUUGAUGCUAAUUUCGUUGGUUUUUACUCAAACAAUCAAAGUUAUGCUCUCAGCUCAGCACAUAGAAACAACCCGCUCUGGUUUUACAUUUUUAAUAAAAAACAAUUACGUUCGAAAUUUCAUCCUGGGGAUCGUUUAACAAUGUGAAAGAUUUAUUCAGAAAUACCACCACACCUUUAUUAAUAACAAUUAUUGCCACACGAUAAACUGAAAACUGCUGUGGAUGUUUAUUAAUUAAAAAUAUUUUGUCUUCAUUUACCAACAAGAAUGACCUGAAGGAUCAUCUGGUUGUGAAUAAAGGGUUAAAGGGCAAAAAAAUAAAUAAAAAAAAAAAUAAAAGAAAAAAAAGAAGUCAUAGUAUUUUAUACUUGUAAUAUUUAAAGUUGUACUUUGUUUACCUGCCCAUUGUUGUCAGAAUGGCCAGGCUAAAGUGAUUUAUUGCUACAUGUUUUUACAUUGACGAGUGUAGUUUGUUUUAUUAUGAGCUGUCGGGGCUUUUUUCCACUAAAUGCAUGCCAACAUGAGAGGUCGUCACAAAACAACAGGACCUUUAACAUUAGUAAUUCCACACAAGCUGUACUUUGUUCAUCAUAUAAAAUAAAAUAAAAACAUUAUUGCCUUUCCUUAA